AUGGAGGUCGUUAGCGCCGAUCCCUCAACUCCAUUCUUGCAAGUAGCCAAUCAGGUUUUGGUUGCUGUCGGACUAACGCUGAGCACCGCAUGUCUGGCGAUGCGUUUGUAUACUAAGAGUCUGAUAUUGAGGAAGUUCUGGUGGGAUGACGUAUGCCUCAUCUUUGCUUGGACUCUAUCAAUCGGCACCCAAGCCACUAUUCUACACGGGUACACUUUCGGAGGUAUCGGACGACACUUUAACGAACUGUCUCCAGAGACGGUAGAUACGCUUCUCAAGGUCAUCCUAGCGGCAGCGGUCAUCUACAUUCCCUGCCUCGCGUUCGCCAAGCUUUCCUUACUUAUGCUGUAUUACAGCAUUCUCAACACAUCACAAGAAUGGGUAUACAGCAUCUACAUUAUCGCCUUCGUCAUCUCGGGAUAUAGUCUAGCACUGGCGUUGGCCCUCAUCUUCGCUUGCAAUCCAAUCCAGAAAGGCUGGGAUAUUUCGAUACCCCCAGGCGUCGGGUCUUGCAUAAAUAGGCCCGGCGUAUACCUUGCAACGGCGGUCAGUAAUACUCUGAGUGACGUGAUCUUGAUCCUGAUACCGAUCCGAGUCGUAUGGGGUCUUCAGAUGCGCCUCAUACAGAAACUUGGCGUGGUAGCUAUGUUCUGCAUUGGAUGUCUAACCAUCAUCACCAGCAUUCUGCGCUUGGCGACCUUAUGGCCUUUGGUGACAACAUCGGAUGUCUCGUACAAGCUGGCUCUUGCCAGUGUUUUCAUUAACAUCGAAGCAAAUUUCAUCAUCAUAUGUGCCUCUCUCCCCUACCUCCGCCAACUGACUCGUCAUCACAAACCGAAAUGUUGCAUUCACCACCGGUCGAACAGAAAUGUACAAGCGGUUCGUUCGUUGCCAAGUUGGGUUUCUCCCCAAGAUGACACGGAGACGGUUUGAGAGCAAUGGAAGCUCAGGCUGGCUUCAGGUACGAAUCAAG